CCCUUCAGUCUCAUUGAUUCUUCAAAAGAAAGAACAAAACAAUAGAGUAUAGAAAGAAGAAAAGAAAAUGAUGUCCCCAUGCAAUGUGAUCCUAUCCAUUUUUUUCUUGGUGUGUACAAGAACACCACUACUGUCCCUAGCCCAGAACACCCCUCAAGACUUUCUUGAUGUGCACAAUCAGGCUCGUGCCGAGGUUGGCGUGGGUCCACUCUCAUGGAACCACACCCUUCAAGCCUACGCUCAAAGUUAUGCCAAUAAGAGAAUCCCAGACUGCAACCUCGAACACUCCAUGGGACCCUUCGGCGAGAACAUCGCCGAAGGGUACGCCGAAAUGAAGGGUUCAGAUGCUGUCAAAUUCUGGCUCACUGAGAAGCCUUACUAUGACCACCACUCCAACGCUUGUGUCCAUGAUGAGUGCCUGCAUUAUACUCAGAUUGUGUGGCGUGAUUCUGUUCAUCUUGGGUGUGCUAGAGCUAAGUGUAACAAUGAUUGGGUGUUUGUUAUUUGCAGCUAUUCCCCACCGGGGAACAUUGAAGGGGAACGACCUUAUUGAUUCUCUUUCUUAUUAGUAGUAUUAAAGAAAAAUGAACUAGUAGUACUGUCUUUGAGUUAUUAUUGUUAAUUUGGAAAUUACCAUGUGUGAUAUUAAUAUAUAUUCAUGAGUAUGAGUGCAUGAUAUUUCCAAUAUAAUUUGUAAAGAAAUCACCAUUUGUGGUCUUAUUUGAUAAACUGGGUAAAA